CUUUAACUGCUGGGCUACCACAGUGGGCCUGGUCUUGACUAUUUCUACUGUCACCUGCUGUCAUCUGGGUUGUGCACCAAAGGAAGCUGGACUCGAAUUAGGCAGUGGGACAUGGGAUGGCAGCAUCCCUGGCAGUGACUUCGCUAACCACCUGACCCCGUGCCCUUCCUCAGUUGCAUUCUAGUGUGUGAGAGAAGGGUGGAGAUACGUAAUCUGCUGGAUGUGAUGGGAGUGUCCCAGAGGAUUGCAAGUGGAGAGAAAGGUUAAGACUCACAGUGAAGGAUACUUAAAGACUUCCAAGUGAAAUGUUCUGUUUUCUUAUCUAACAGUUAUUAUUCUGAUUACAUAUGAUUUUUAUUUUUGUAACUUUAGGAACUCUAUUUUAAAAAUCUCUCAAAGCAAACCAAAAAAGUCAUGGAGAAGAAUGGCAAUAACCGAAAGCUUCGGGUUUGUGUUGCUACUUGCAACCGCGCUGAUUAUUCUAAGCUUGCCCCGAUCAUGUUUGGCAUCAAGACGGAACCUGAGUUCUUUGAACUUGACGUGGUGGUGCUUGGCUCUCACCUGAUAGAUGACUAUGGAAACACCUAUCGCAUGAUUGAACAGGAUGACUUUGACAUUAACACGAGGCUCCACACCAUCGUCAGGGGGGAGGACGAGGCAGCCAUGGUGGAGUCCGUAGGCCUGGCCCUGGUGAAGCUCCCAGAUGUUCUCAACCGUCUGAAGCCGGACAUCAUGAUCGUUCAUGGUGACCGCUUUGAUGCCCUGGCGCUGGCCACAUCUGCCGCCUUGAUGAACAUCCGAAUCCUUCAUAUUGAAGGGGGGGAAGUGAGUGGGACUAUCGACGAUUCCAUCAGGCACGCCAUCACAAAGCUGGCUCAUUACCACGUGUGCUGCACCCGGAGCGCAGAGCAGCACCUCAUCUCCAUGUGUGAGGACCACGACCGCAUCCUCCUGGCAGGCUGCCCUUCCUAUGACAAGCUGCUCUCAGCCAAGAACAAAGACUACAUGAGCAUCAUACGGAUGUGGUUAGGGAGCAAAGAGAUGGUUCGAGUGAUGCGCAAGAAGGGCAUUGAGCAUCAUCCCAACUUCCGAGCGGUUAAACACGUCCCGUUUGACCAGUUCAUACAGCUGGUUGCCCAUGCUGGUUGCAUGAUUGGGAAUAGCAGCUGUGGGGUGCGAGAGGUCGGAGCCUUUGGAACACCUGUCAUCAAUUUGGGAACGCGUCAGAUUGGAAGAGAAACAGGGGAGAAUGUCCUUCAUGUCCGUGAUGCUGACACCCAAGACAAGAUACUGCAGGCACUGCACCUUCAGUUUGGCAAACAGUACCCAUGUUCAAAGAUAUAUGGGGAUGGAAAUGCUGUUCCAAGGAUUUUGAAGUUUCUCAAAUCUAUUGAUCUGCAAGAGCCACUACAAAAGAAAUUCUGCUUUCCUCCAGUGAAGGAGAAUAUCUCUCAGGACAUUGACCAUAUCCUGGAAACUCUGAGUGCCUUGGCGGUUGAUCUUGGUGGAACAAACCUGCGAGUUGCAAUAGUCAGCAUGAAGGGUGAAAUUGUUAAGAAGUAUACUCAGUUCAAUCCAAAAACCUAUGAAGAAAGGAUUAACUUAAUCCUACAGAUGUGUGUGGAAGCUGCAGCAGAAGCUGUAAAACUGAACUGCAGGAUUUUGGGAGUAGGCAUUUCCACAGGUGGCCGUGUAAAUCCUCGGGAAGGAAUUGUGCUGCAUUCAACCAAACUGAUUCAAGAAUGGAACUCAGUAGAUCUCAGGACUCCCUUGUCCGACACUUUGCACCUCCCCGUGUGGGUAGACAAUGAUGGCAACUGUGCUGCCCUGGCAGAAAGGAAAUUUGGCCAAGGAAAGGGGCUGGAAAACUUUGUGACACUUAUCACGGGCACAGGGAUCGGCGGCGGCAUCAUUCAUCAGCACGAACUGAUCCAUGGAAGCUCCUUUUGUGCCGCGGAGCUUGGCCACCUGGUUGUGUCUCUGAACGGACCCGACUGCUCCUGUGGCAGCCAUGGCUGCAUCGAAGCGUAUGCGUCUGGAAUGGCCUUGCAGAGGGAAGCCAAAAAGCUGCAUGACGAGGACCUGCUCUUGGUGGAAGGGAUGUCAGUGCCCAAAGAUGAAGCCGUGGGCGCGCUCCAUCUCAUCCAAGCUGCAAAACUUGGCAAUGCAAAGGCCCAGAGCAUCUUAAGAACAGCGGGAACAGCGUUGGGUCUCGGGGUUGUGAACAUCCUCCACACCAUGAACCCCUCCCUCGUGAUCCUCUCUGGAGUCCUGGCCAGUCACUACAUCCACAUCGUCAAAGACGUCAUCCGCCAGCAAGCCCUGUCCUCGGUGCAGGACGUGGACGUGGUGGUGUCGGAUCUGGUUGACCCUGCGCUGCUGGGCGCCGCCAGCAUGGUUCUCGACUACACAACUCGCAGGAUCUACUAGGCCUCCUCGGCGUGGACAUGGACCGAUGCUGGCGAGAUCUUCAGUGGCAUCAAGUUCUGGUCUUUUAGAAAAACUUUGCUUAGAAAGCAAAUCUAUAAUUUCACUGCAGGUGACUUUGGCAGGAAAAAAAAAUUUUUUUUGCCUCUUUUUCCAAAUUUACCUUUUACAGUCCACAUUUUUGUAGACAUUGUUUUUUUCUAAUAUUAUCCCAGGAGAGGUCACUUUGACCCAAACUCUAAGUUCCAGUCACCAUUUUCUGUGCCAAAAGGAGCUACGAUGGUAGACCAGGAAGCCUUAGGACUAACGUGAACUGCUCGGGCCCACAGGCCUUGCUUGGGAUGUGAAGUUCCUAGUGAGUUUGAGUUAAUUCCUCUUCCUCUAACCCCACACUCAGAUCACAGAAAGAAACUGUAAACUUGUUUUUAAAAAGUCUUACUGACAUUUUUAAAAGUAGACAAUUUGAUAAGCUUUGCCCUGUGUAUAUACCUGUGAAACCACCACUGCAAUCAAGGUGUUGACCUUUUCUGGCACCCCCUUAUUAUAGCAUCACUUGUGGAACUUGUAAAGGCUUUACCCCAGGGAUCUGGGAUUGCAGUGGCUUUGGUGACCUUGUGCUUAUCUUCUUAGAGAUAGCUGAGGAGCCACUGGGAGGCACAGCCUUGGAAAGGAGAUUAACUGUCCCCAAGAGAUCUUUGCUGCUAAACGGCAGACACUUCCUUGUCCUGUGUGCUGGCUCUGGCCCGCCAUUCUUUAAAGCAGUGUUUGCAUGUGUCACACCCAGAGCCCACCUCUGCGGAUCUGGAUUCUGACCAAGAAAGAACCCACUUCAAUUGGUAUAAAAUUUUACAAAAGCCAAAGUGCUGGCUUGUAACUAACCUGAAAAUACCGCCAAGUCACUACUUACCAAACGCCUGUCGUGUGCCAGCCUCUGCAUUAGGUUGCUUUCUGCAUUUUCACAACCUGUGAUGCUACUUUAAUUCCCACUGGGGAUUCCCAAACAUUGAGUGUCUUAAGUGGCAAACCUGAAGUUGGGGGCUAGAGACUCAGGAGAGGGUUUGACCCAGGUCCCUGUGUGCUUUCUCCACUAAGCCUUGCAACCCUUCAUUUCAAAACAGCUUCCAAAAUGCUGACAUGUGCCACUUCACUUGAGGAUACCAGAUGUUUUAACAAGAGUAUGAUUUGCAAAUGACACUGUGUCUCAACUGUCAGUUUAAUGAAAUCAUUCUUGCAUUAUAGAAACCUUGCCAGUACAGUACCUGGUCUAGUGACAGCUUUAAUGAGUACUUUUAGCUGACCUAAAAAUGCCUAUGCAUAUAUUUUCCAUGUUAUUUUUGUUGUUGUUUCAGUACAACUUACAACUAUAAGGUUUCUACAUCAUUUCCUUGUUAACGUAUAAACUAAGAUGAAGGAAUCAUGUCAUAUUUGAUUAUCCCCUGAAAAAGGCUGGCUGAUGCCUAGUCGUCUGUCAGCUCUUAAAUCACCACAGGUCCCGGUCACUGCUCAGACAUUCCGUGGCGAGUCCUGGGAAGGAA